AUGACGAUGGCAGCCGGGAACCCCUGGUCACUACAAGUCCAAGAGGACCAGGUUCGGCUUCGAGUGAGUGUACCUCGGCGAACGCCCGAGCAACGACUCGAGAUCCAGGCCACACGAACGCGAGUGAGCGUCAGCGUUGCUGGGAAUAAGGAUCGUCCACCGACAGAUAUUAUCUUACCCAAUCAUGUACGCAUCGAGCCGCAAAGUGCCGAUGUGUUUUACAAGUCGCGCACGGGAACUUUGUGGCUCCACUUCCGCCGUGCUGCGUCGGUGGGCCCGGCAAAGCGCGCGGCACCGAACGAGACCUCUCAGGAAACAGCCGGGCGCUGUGAACGCUCGGCACCAGCGAGUCAGCAAAGCUUAGCGAACACAGUCGAGCAAACGCCUGAGUCGAGGAAAGCGAACCCCAAGACGCUUUCUGAGUCACUGGUGACGUUGCACACCGCAGCAGAGGACACUGGACCCGAGUCGCAGUCCGCCGGUUCUACCAAAGACGAGACUUGCCACUCCAGUUGCGAGGUGCCGGAACCGAAGCGAACGCGUUUAGGUUCCUCGACACCGAAACCAGCUGUAGAGGGUGCUCAGGCGGGGUCCGCAGCAUCCCCAUGGCCAGCAACGCCGGCUCAUGAGCCCAGCAACCAACAGGAUUUUGCGGAACUUGCAGCCAACUUUCCACCAUUGACGAAAAACACAUCCGAACUGGCCUCUUCCGGGGACACAUCAUCGGAUGUGGCCAGCCACGGUUCCAGCGAGCUGGUUCCGGGUCUCGCUGAUUUUCUCGAACACGCUUCGCACCCGCAAAUCCUACGGGCACUCAGACAAGUGCGUCGGCUCUAUCUAAGUCGUACAGCAGAUCCCGGCGCUCUCUGGCGUAGAAUAGCGACGGCGAGAAACAACGCUACAUACGCUCGCACACUGUUACGGGAAAUGAUGCACGCAGUCGUUCUGCAGGGUACGGGCCAAGAAAUUAGACGCAAACAGCGGCUUGCUGCCCUGAUCAAACGAGCAAAGAGUGGCGUCGUGAAAGAUGAAAGUCAUCAGCGCGCUGAUCGCAAAUGGGUCGACAAGCACACCGAGCAAACAGUUGCACAUCGCGUGGCGAGCAUGCUCGAGCAGAGCAUCAGCGAUGCUCGCGAGAAGGAGUUCGCGCACGCCGCCGCGUUGGCUGCAAAAGCGCAAGAGCGGAAAACAAGGAAGCUGCAAAAGCUGGCAUGGCAAACGGCACUUGCUCGGCGUAGUUUGGAAUCCAGGCGUCGUUCGGAAGCCCAUGAGAAUACUGGGCGGUGCCCGGCACCAAUAACGCAGCGCGCGGGAAAGUCGCGAGCUCGCGUGAGCUUCCUGCUCGAUGGCAAGCAAGUGCACUUUCCCGCGUAA